UAAGAGAAAGGAAAACCAAUAAAGCAAGAAAAUAAAAGGGAUCCUGCCUUUUGUACUCUCGGGCCAUGUGGAUGAACGGUGAAGAUUCGACCUAAACAGUAGGCGACAACAGUUGGAACGAAGCCACGAACUAUAUCUGCGAUUCUACUAGCACAAUCGUCUGUGGCGGUUUAGUCGAAGAUUUGCCAUCUUCCGACUACGCCAUAUUGGGAUAGGGCUCGAUUUGUCCUUUAUCCGACCAGGUCGAAUUCCGUUCCCGGCCGAGUUCUCUCCCGGGGAACGGGGCCCUUUACGUGGCGUCGAAACCCUAGUGUUCAUGGUGUUGCAAGGAAUGUGUGCAUUUGCCAUUGGACUAGGAUAAAUUUGCAAGGAUCAUAUCAACAGUAGUGGUUGUAAGCCCUAUGAUAAUAAUGCCACUCAGUUGUGGGCCAGAUAUAUGAACCAAGAUUCUCAGAGCUAGAUAUAACUGCCUCUCCUUAGAUGAAGCUGGUGUUGGUAUAUUUGAUCUUGUAUUGAACGAAGGAAGAUGCCACCAUAUUGGAAGACUCCUCACAUUGAUCUAAAUCUCACCCCUCCUCUGUGGACAUUUUAUUUAUGUUCUCUGCCACAUUUAGGAGAAAAGAAGAUAUUAAUGUUAUGAUAUAAUAGGAAGCAAUGGAUUCAGAGAAAAAAUUCCCUGUCAAUGCCAAGGACUACAAAUUAUACGAGGAAGUUGGGGAAGGUGUCAGUGCCACUGUUUAUCGGGCUCUUUGCAUUCCUCUUAACGAGAUUGUUGCCAUCAAGGUUCUUGAUCUGGAAAAGUGUAACAAUGACCUGGAUGGUAUCCGUCGAGAAGUACAAACAAUGAGCUUGAUUGAUCAUCCAAAUCUAUUACGGGCACAUUGUUCAUUUACCGCAGGUCAUAACCUUUGGGUUGUGAUGCCAUAUAUGGCUGGUGGGUCAUGUCUUCAUAUUAUGAAAUCUUCCUAUUCAGAAGGUUUUGAAGAACCUGUUAUUGCCACAUUGUUACGUGAGGUUCUCAAAGCUCUUGUCUAUCUUCAUUCCCAUGGGCAUAUCCAUAGAGAUGUCAAGGCUGGGAAUAUAUUAAUUGAUUCUAAUGGUGCAGUCAAGUUAGCAGACUUUGGGGUAUCUGCAUGCAUGUUUGACGCUGGGGAUAGGCAACGCUCAAGAAAUACUUUUGUUGGAACUCCAUGCUGGAUGGCUCCAGAGGUUAUGCAGCAGCUUCAUGGAUAUGAUUUUAAGGCGGACAUCUGGUCAUUUGGAAUAACAGCGCUUGAACUUGCUCAUGGCCAUGCUCCAUUUUCUAAGUAUCCGCCCAUGAAGGUUCUGUUAAUGACGCUACAAAAUUCGCCACCAGGCCUUGACUAUGAGAGGGACAAGAGAUUUUCAAAGUCUUUCAAAGAGCUGGUAGCUGCUUGCUUGGUGAAGGAUCCAAAGAAGCGUCCUUCUUCGGAGAAGCUCUUGAAGCAUCAUUUCUUUAAACAUGCACGGUCAAUUGAUUAUUUGACACGUUCCAUUCUUGAAGACUUGGCCCCACUGGGUGAUCGUUUUAGGAUGCUGAAGGCAAAAGAAGCUGAUCUUCUUUUGCAGAACAAAGCUUUAUAUGGGGACAAGGAGCACUUGUCACAGCAAGAAUAUAUCCGAGGAAUCAGUGCUUGGAAUUUUAAUCUGGAGGAUUUGAAGAAUCAAGCUGCCCUUAUUCAGGAUUGUGAUGUUGCCUCAAACUCUGAAGGACCUAAUAUGACUGGGAAGGAUAGGGACGGAAACGAUGAUGUUGGUUAUCUGACAGAGAAGCUUUUACCUAAUAAGGCUAAUCAGUUGGAUUCUACACCCCAACCAGACGAUGUUGCCAAUAAUAUUGAUCAUUUGGAGAAUUCACUUGCGGCUUUUCCUAUUCGACCUCUUCAGGCACUCAAAGGUUGUUUUGAUGUCUGUGAGGAUGACGUGGGGACCAGUAGUCCAAGUUGGAAAGAUGCCAUUAGAUCAGAUUCUGAACAGCAGUGUCAAUUACAGUCAUCGUCAAAAGAUGAAGACCAAGAAGUAGCAAGAGAUGAUGGCGAGAAUAUGGGACAGAAUAGCUAUUUGGUACGAACUGUAGUUCAAGGUCAAAAAAAAAUUCUCAGCGGUCCACUGCUGCAGGAUAAUACUAAUUCUCCCAAAAAAGUUGGUGAUGGUGACAGGGAAUUUGUAAAACCAAGAUAUCAACCAGAUCGGAAUUAUAGUGGCCCACUUUCACACCGUCCAAAGAAAGACAUUAACCAUCUUCCAUCUGAUGAUACUUCAGAGGGAGCAGUUGUCCAACGUAAGGGACGAUUUAAAGUCACUUCAGCAGAUCUGAGUCCCAAGGGUCCUGCAAACUGCUGCUCCAGUGCGGUUUCUGGAAGUUCAUCCAUUCUGACAAUUCCUACUCUUCCAGCUGCUUCAGUUCUUCCAUCAUUACAAUCCAUUUUGCAGCAGAACUCUAUGCAAAGAGAAGAAAUACUUAAACUGAUCAAAUAUGUGGAGCAAACUUCUGGAAAUUCCAUGGAGUAUUCUGAGAUGCCACUUGCUUCUAUUAGGGAGAGAGAGCUGCAGUCUCAGGUGAUCCAGCUGCAGCAAAGCAUUGGGAGUCUUGUUGAAGAAUUGCAAAGGCAAAAGAUGAAAAAUGCUCAGUUGGAAAAGAAAUUGAAUGCUUUGGUGAAGAAAGAGGAAAAGAUACGGGAAUAAUAAUGCUCUAUAGACGAAGACGACGACGACGACGACGAAGUCCAUCUUUCUACCCAUUUGGGUCCACGCAGUAAAGAGUUUGAUGGCCAUCUUGCAAUGCAAGGUACCACUCUCCUCUACUAGAACCGAUUCGGUGCAUACAACUUCUUCUGGUCAAGUCUAGUAGUGUACAUGUGUGACGGCAAGACAGGUCCAAAUUUUGAGUCGCUGCUCCAUAGUCCAUCCUCAGAAUGUGGUUAUGUGUUGUAAUUUAAUGAUUGAAUAUGGUAAUUAUUAUAUUUCCAUAUUUCAAUAUUGGACGUCUCUCUCUCUC